AUUGAGUAGUAUUGGAAUAGACUGACUGUCUUGUAUUUUACCAGAAGUCUGGAUUUAAAGUCUUCUGUUUGCAGAGAAUUGAAGAUCUCAAGGUUCUUCUUGUGUAGUUGGAAGAUGGCAGGCGAGGACUGUGCCAGUUCACCCUUCCAGUACGUGCCAUGUUCGCCAUUUUUGGUGACCAAGGCCGUGCCUCCGUCCAGGCACGUGCCUGAUGUUGACCACCUGCGUCGUAAGGUUCCAGAUGCAGUGGACAGCCCUUUCGCCAUUCCACGGAUGAGGCCUGUUCCAUGCACACCAAAGUUUGCAACACCAAAAUCUACCCCAGUAGAAAAUCAGCAACUCAACAGACUCCAGAAGAUCACCUCUCCAAGACCACAAGACCAGGAGGUUCCCAGCACUCCAGCAAGCAACCGGGUAGAUGUGAGGACUCUGGCAGACAGAGCCAGUCCCUGCAGUUCCCAGGGUGCACCAGGAGACCAGUCUGUGUCCGGGACACGGCUGAGACACGCCGCCAGGAAGUCUGGUCUCACCGGCAAGCCUAGUCCUGGGACUAAAGAAAUCGACCUCUUCUCGGGAGAGAACGACAUUUUUGCAUAAGCAGAAUCAAUGCAGCCUCCUGUGCAGACUUCUAGUAGGGCAGCAUUCCUUUCUAUGAGUGGCUAGGGCAGUGGCUUCUUUCUUGGAGAGUGCAUGUGGGUG